GAGCUUAGCGAAACUUCUAUGACUGAACAAAGAUGCUGAAAUCUGCGCGAAUAUUUUUUAAUUGUCAGGAAUACGCAUAUGUACGCAUGCAUAAAUGUGUGUAGUUAUAAUCGGUAAUAAUACGCGUGGGAAAUAUAACCCGUUAAACAAUGAUUGGUAGUAUUGUUUUGAUGUAAACAAAUGGCCACCAUCAAGGUAACCGAACAAAAGGUGAUUUUAUGUGGCGAAUACGGGGUCGGGAAAAGUUCGAUAUUUAGGCGAUUCGCGAACAAUACCUUCGUCUCAAACAAUGAUAGAAAAUCGACUUUGGGACUUGACAAUAUCAACAAACAGUACACCAUUGACGAAAAAACGAUUCGCCUGCAGUUAUGGGACACAGGAGGAAUGGAGAGGGUUGCCUCUAUAACAUCCAGCUACUACAAAUUUGCAGAGGCGGCAAUAUUGGUCUUUUCGCUUGACAAUCCGACCUCCUUUCACCUCCUCUCACAGCACCUUCUUGACAUUGUAACUUACGCGGAAAACGCUAAGAUAUUCCUUUGCGGGAACAAGAGCGACUUGGAAAGCGUUGAUCCUCAGGUCACAGAUGUGGAAAUGGAACAAUUCUGUGAACAGUGUCACAAUUUGAUAUCGGCGACGUACAAAACGUCGUGUAAAACGGGGCAUGGGGUUGAUGAAAUGUUUGAAGAUAUUGCACGCCAUUUGGUCGAGGCAAACAGAUCGCGUAUGGAACUGCACGAUAUGGACAAGGACCACUUCAAAAUCACAAGUUCCGACGAAAUCGACGAGCCAUCCUGCUUGUGCUAAUUUUGAUUCAGCUUUUAAUGCCCAGAACACGUUUCUCUAGUCAACUCAAGAGGAAACGGAUUUCAAUUUAAAAAUGCAUGAUUUAUGUCAUGACAAACGCUGGCUGAGCAUAUAUUAAUAUUAUAAUAAUUUAUUGACGGAGGAUGAAUGAUGUGUGGCGAUUUGAUAAAUUUUCAAAAUAAAAAUUUAUUCAUUUAUCAUAAA